UGGUCCAUUCUCAGAGCCGUCUGCCAGGCUGUCACAGUAGAUAGUCCUUCCUCCAUGAAAGAAAUCCGAGGGAGUACGGAAGUGAAACAGAACUUCGCUACACAAAGGACGUCAGAACGGCGUAACUGUAGACAAUCAUCCGAUAAAACAAUCAGAUAUACUCCAUGGCCAACACCGACCCAGACCCGGUAUACAACGCGACUACAGUGCAGGAGCCGAAAUCCAAAAAAUGGCUUAUCGUACCAUCGGAGAAUCUUGGGAAAGUCGGAUUCGUGAUAAAAAUCAUUGAAGUGCUUCUGUCUUUUGUUGCAUUCGUGUUGGAGGAGGUCGUGUCCAACUGCUCAUCCUGUGGGCCACUCUACUUCUUUGAAUUUGUCAGUUGCACAGCCUUCCUCUUCACAUUGUCACUCCUCAUUCUCCUUGCCACAACGCUGCACCAGAGAGUUGGAAUCAGAUGUUGGCCCUCCCUGGACUUUGUAUACACAACAGCCAUGGCAUUUUUAUUCCUCUUCGCCAGUGUAGUGUUUGCGGCUGUCAAUGGUGGGACAGGUCUGGAGCAGACCUCAGUGGCAUUUGGCUUCCUGGCCACAAUGGCCUACUUUGUUGACUUCAGUCUUUUUUUGAAAGAAAAAGGUAUUCCAUGUCGAAAGGGAAGCAAUCAACCUGCAACAGACAACACAACCAGACCAGUGCCAGAGAGAGAGAAACUUAAUUCUAAUGGAACUGACUAGAGUUUUACUGUUUUCACCAAAAUAUUACUGUCAGACCGCUGUUGUACUCUAAAGCUUUUUGUCCCUCAACAAACACAUUUUUUAAUAUAUAAGAACUGUUUUUACCCAAACACAAAGGUUAUGAUAUCGUAAUAUUUCUGUUUAGGUCUCUGGCCAGCUAAUGGACCAAUUUUAUCUUGUGCCUUGAACAUUUUUAUUUCAUAAUUGAAAUACAUAUAGGAGUCUUAACUUUACAAUUGAAAUAGAUGACACGCGUAUCAUCCAGUUUCCCAUUGCGGGGGCUUCUGGCAUUAUGCUUACAUUUUGCCACAAUGAAAAUUUUUACAUGGCUUUAAAAUAAAAUUAAAAUUAGGAGUACAGGAAUUAAGUUGUCAUGUCCCCAUCAGAGCUUAUCUUAUGUACUGUAGAAAUAAAUUGUUAUGGUUUAACAAGUACAUAAGAAGAUUCACUGUAUUUCUUAAAGAAGUACUCAUAAUCGAUUUAUUUAAUAGUAACAUAUUCAUUCUUGAAAUAUUAUGUUUUUGAGAAAAAUCAGGAUUUUAUCACGUAAACAUUACUGAUUGACACCUGUUUUAUGUCACAGGAAUAUGAAUAGAAUAUUGGAUAAAUUGUUAACGAAAUCACGAAAGUUCAGCAAAUUGUAUUAAAUAUUCAAAAUAUUAUUUUCAUAUAAUACUUGUGGGACAGGUAAAUAUUGCACUGUAUAGACCAGGGGUCGGCAAACUUUUUGACAUGGAGUGCUAUUUUUUAUUUUCCUGGUCAAUGGCUGUGCCGACAACCCCCCCCCAAAAGAAAACAUGCGCAUGUAUGUGAGUCCACUUGUGAAAAUGUUUCUAUUUUGCAUUUUUGUAUUUUACUAGUUUAUUUUUCAUUACAAAUGAUAUUAUCAGAAUAAUAAUUUAAGUGAAAAAUUUGUGCAAAACCUGCAUGUGAAAAAUCUUGCAUGUGAAUUUUCUUGUGAAAGUGCUUUAAUGAAAGAAAACCUGUCCUUUUGUACAAAAUGAGUUAAUACAGUUAAUGUCACAAAUUUGCUUAUUUGAUUACUGAUCACGAAAUUAUGUGGAAUCAUAAGUAUUUAUUAUAUUAUGUCACUGUAAUCACUAGCACGCAAGCAACCGUGAGAGAGGAGCAGGCUAUUUUAUUUAUAUGACCUUUUUCACACCUGCAUUCAAAUCUACAUCUUGAUGUAAUCCUUCCUCUUGAUCAUGCAGCCUAUUUUCAUCAGCUGAAUGGGAGGCUAAACACUUUUAAAGUGUGACUCGCGCUGUGCGUGUAAGCCAUUCACACAUCGCAAGCCGAUCAACUACAGUAUUUAGCCCUUUUCUGUGAAUCGCACCUGCAAAAUCCUAAAACUUUAUUUCCAAUUUAUAUUUUUGAACCCCACGUUGUGGAUUUAUGUUUUCUCUUUUAAUGUAAUUUUGAGUGUGACCAUGGUUUAAAGAGGGUGUACCUGUAUGCUGGGUUAGAAAUCUCAAGGAUUAAUAUUGGUGUUUUCCUUAUUACAUCACAUGUUGUUCUGAAUGCAAAAAGAAACAAAUGAAACUUGGAAUGUAGGCUGUCAUUCCACACAGACUGACCGAAUCAAAGCAGUGUUUACUCGCGCGAUUAACCGGAAGUGAAGCGCUGCCAGCUUGUGAUACAUGAAUGACUUGCAUGCGCUGCAGGAAUCUGUUGGGUAUACUACAGUCUCAUCACAUUUUAACUUUUCUUAGUCUCCCAUUCAGCUGAUGAAAACACACUGUGUGAUCAUGAGGAAGGAUUACAUCAAGAUGUAGAUUGGAAUGCAGGUGCGGAAUUUAUAUAUAUAAAAUAGUCUACUCUUCUCUCGCCAUUGCUGGAGUGCCAGUGAUUACCCCUCCGCGUGUCAAUGCUGGAAAGCGUGGCAUAGGUUGCCGACCCCUGGUAUAGACAUAGUCAUUAAAUCUAUUUUAUUGUAAAGAUAUUUUAGUGAACUGUUGAAAAUGAUUUUGAUGACAGCAGGAUGACGUUUUAUUAUCAACAUUCUCUAAUGGCCCUGUGAUUAUAAUUUUUGCUGUGCAAGGGAUGUCAGGGGUGUACAGUCAUAGAUUUUUUUAUUGAAACAAUCUGUUUUUAUAUUGUGUGGAACUAGAAAUGUAUAUUUUCCUUUGUGCCUUAUCUUGUUCCAUGUGGGCGCAGAUGUUAACAUGAUUCUAUCAUUGUUUUGUGAGCUGUACUUGUUAAGCUAUGAUUGUGAAGCGUUCAGUUGAGGUUAUAAGGAGGUGCCUGUUGGCCCAAUUGUGUUAAUGUAAAUUUAAAUGCCCGUUGAGAUGAGCGGACUGCAAAUUUUUGAGACCGUAGAGAUGAACGGACUGCAAAUUUUUGAGACCGUAGAGAUGAACAGACUGCAAGUUUUUGAGACUGUAGAGAUGAACGGACUGCAAGUUUUUGAGACUGUAGAGAUGAACAGACUGCAAGUUUUUAAGACCAUAGAGAUGAACGGACUGCAAGUUUUUGAGACACUAAUCUGCCCUAUGCUUUCACCCUCCUGUGCUGUAAAACAGACUUCUGCUUCCUGUGUUAAUUAAAAAAAAAAAAAAAUGUGUAUAUGUGAAUUCCAGAUAUUUUGUUGAUGCAUUGACAAUACACACUUGCAUAGUUCUCCUUAAGAUAUAUAUAUAUAUAUAUAAUUUUUUUUUUUUUUUUGGGUUAAAUGGAACAAAUCAGGUAUUGAUGCAUAGAGAUUUAAUUAUUGCAAAAUAAUAUAUUCUUUUUCCAAAUAUGAAGACUAAAAAGUAUAUCACAUGGACCACUUUUACAGCAUUGUUUUUGUAAACAUUUCUCCAUUCCAGUUCAGCAAUAAAUGGCUCCUGGGCUUUUUUUUUUGUAUUUUAUUUUUAUAUGUAUGGCCUGUAAAACAAAUGUACCUGUUGAUAAGGCUUCACAAAUGACAGUGAUAUGUUUAUUAUAUGAACAACACUUUGUGUGUGGUUAACUGGUGGAAUCAGUCGAAGACUACGUGUCUCCUGAUGAUUUGAUCAUUAGAUCUUGAGAAUUGAAUGUUGGCUAACUUGUUUGUGCCUUCAAAAACUAAUAAACACAAUUGGCCUUA